AUGACCCUCUCCAAGGAUUGCAUUUCCAUGCCCCUCGAGGCUGGAACCUCCCUCCUCGACACCCACCACAUUCCCACCCGCCUCAACGACGCCCUUGAAUACGCCGCACGCCGGCUCGCUCGCAAGUCCAUGCAAAUUGCUCUCGUAGCAGUCUGUCGCGAAUACCACACGCCCUCCAUGCUUCCUGUGUGCAACAGCCCCGUCUUCGCACCACCAUCCUCGCCAGAACCCGGCCCGGUACUCUCUCGGACGGGGUUUUUUGCAGCUUCUUUCAAGAAACGGCUCAUGAGGUCAAACACCCAUCCCACCUUGACGAUAUCUUCGCCUAGCUACAACAGCAGUGACUGGGCACUGCGCAGUGCCACCGCUUCGCCGACUUGGUCAAUCUCUUCCGAGACCACAACGUAUAGUUCGGCUUCAUCCAAGCCCAGCUGGCCUUGCACUCCCGCCACUCCUGGCACCCCUAUGUCGGCUCCACCCAUGACGCCUUGCACUACCGCGUCGUCUCUUACGAACGAGUCGGGGCCCCUGUCUCCUACCGCAUCUGGUAUUAGGUUGGUACACGGCGAUGUACUCUGCCCCAAGGACGAGCAAGUGGUGAGGGAGGUUCUGGAAAAAGCCUCUCGAAAAUAUAAAAUAGGGAACCAGUGGCUCCCGCCCGUCGUCCACCCUUCCACCUAUGGCCUGACCGAUGGCAUCAUCCGCCGAUCUCUCCGCCAAGACGAAACCCUCUUCUCCUCUCACAGUCUCACGCUCUACUGUCUCGACCGCCUCUACACCUUCAAAUCCGCCCUCUCAAGCUACUCCCGCUCGAAAUGUCCCCGUCGGCUAGAGGAUGCCGUCGACGAACUGCGGCGUCUCUUUCUUGCAGGCGGCGGCCGGAAAGUCUCAAAGGCAGAUAUAGUCCGUUCCUACGACUGGCUGAGUGUCAGUGACGCGGCACUGGCCGACGUGGAUAGGAUGUAUCGCCGUGCAUACGGAGGACCAGACGGCAUUGGGGCCAUCGAAGGAAUGCCGAUGCAAGCUGAUCCACUUGACGAAGUGAGCAUCGAACUCGAGAAGAUGGAGACGUGCUCCAUUGAUAGUAUAAGGAUCGAGAUUGAAGAAGCAAUCGACGACAUUAUUUUCAUCCAACGAGCAGAUGAUGUCGUCUCCCCCCUCGAAGCGAACUGGCCCCUUCCCUCUCAGCCACUCAUCAUCUUAGAUCGUCCUACGCCCAUCGUUUCUACUCCCAUCGGUUGGAAGCCUCCCAUCCCAGUGCUACGGCUUCAGACCACUUUUAUUGACAAACACGCUGAGGUACCCAAGGACGUGCCGAGAGAUAAACACGAGGAGGUGGAGGAGGAGGAAGGAGAUCUCACGGCGAGGCCUGAGCGCGCGACCCUGAGACCGUUAUGGCCGACGAUUGGCCCUGGUGCAUCGAUUGAUGAAUUGCUCAGGAGCCCUGAUACGAGAACUUCGCGAUCAUCAGAUAUGUCAAGGCUUGGGCCGAUGACGCCGAAUGGGUACGAUGAUAUAUCGCCUGUGACGAGGGGAGAAUGGGGAUUUUUGUUUUCGGAACCGACGUUCCGAGUGAAGACUGCAGCAGUGGAAACCUGUUGA